AUGUCCUCGCGCCUCGUCUUCAAGGGCGACAAGGCGCCCAAGAAGAAGAAGAAGCACUCGUCGCGCCGCCACCACGACGACGAUGCGGGCGAGGGCAGCAGCAGCGGCGCCGCACGCAGCAGCAAGCGCAAGCACGCCGACGACGACGCCAGCGACGUCGACGACUACGGCGGCAACGAGCAGACCUGGGUGCCCGUGGCGCGCCCCACCGACCUGGCCGGCCCGACGUUCUUCUUCCAGCGCUUCGCCGCCUCGACGGCCGACGACGGCGCCCGGGCGCCCUACGUGCUCACGCUCAACGCGCCGCUGCAGCGCGUCGAUGCGCAGGCCAUGCGUGCCGAGGCAUCGCUUGAUCCUUCGCUCGACCUUGAUGGCGCCAGCGUCGAUGUCGCAAGCAUCGACCCGGCGCCGUCGUCGGUGAACCAAGUGUGGGUGGCGAGCCGCAUGCUCGACACGCCCGCCUCGGCGCCCGUGUAUACGCUGCGCAGCGCCGACUCGCGCUUCGUCGGCGCAGCGCCCAGCGGCACCGUCACGGCCAGCGCCGAGGCGCGCGGCCCGCUCGAACAGUGGACCGUGCUGCCGGCGCCGUCGGGCACCGGCGUGCAGCUGCGCGCGCCCAGCGGCAACCUGCUCGGCCUCGACGAGGUAGCCGGCGGCAAGGUCGUGGUGCGCGCCGACAGCACCGAUGGCGCUGGCACCGAGUGGGAGGCGCGCGUGCAGUGGAAGUUCCGGCAUGAGGCUCGCCUCAAGGAGAUCAGUGCGCUGCCCAUGACGGCGCGCGAACGCACGGGCAAGCGCUACGCCAUGGCCGAGCCGGAGCUCGACGAGGCCAAGCUUGUGCACACGCGGCAAGGAUGGGGUCCGGGCAAGGACAAGCUCUUCACGCUGGGCUCGAGCUCGGAGGACCGGAGGGCGCUGAAGAAGAGCAAGGAGGAGGGCCGUCUGGCCGAGGAGCUGCUCAAUCGGCGCAGCAAGACCAAGAGCGACCGCUACUGCUGA